AUGGCUGUAAUAAACAGGUAUUUUAAAAAAUUUUAUUUUACCUUUAUUAUUAAUGAAAAAAUACAAUUUUUUCAGUUUCGUCGUAUAAUCGCCAAAGAUCAUUUUCUAAGCGAACAACAUCAAACUGCUUUACUUGAAUCUCUUCCCCUAAAGACGCAACCUCCAAUAAUCGAUCAAUCAGAAAUUUCUUCUCGUACAAAACUAACAACUGAUGAAGUUUCUCGAAAAAAUUUUCAAGAACUAUAUGAAACAAUGGAUACCGUGAUGGAUAGUAUUCAAGCUUUAAAUGAUGAUAACCAACAUCUCUGCUCGGAGUCACUUCAAAAUCAAACUUCACUGCGAAAUAUGUCUGAAGAAUUAUCAAAGUUGAAAAUCGCUAUUGAAGAAACACAUUCAUUGAGAGAUGCUCAUCAAGUCAAUCAACGAAUACUUGAAGAAAGCCUGAUUUCAUGUCAACAAGAAAUUGAAGAUCAAAAGAAUAUUUCCACUGAUGGCACACUCAUUUGGAAAAUUACAAAUCUUCAACAGAAAAUAGCUAAUGCUCAAAGUGAACAACAAACAUCUAUUUAUUCUCCUGCAUUUUAUUCAUCACCAACUGGUUAUAAGAUGCGAGUUCGUCUGUAUUUGAACGGCGAUGGCAAUGCUAGACGAACCCAUAUGUCUAUAUAUUUUGUUCUUAUGCGUGGGGAUUAUGACGCAAUCCUUCCAUUUCCAUUCUCCUACAAAGUAACAUUUUGUCUUUUUGAUCACACACCUCAACAACGACAUAUCAUCGAUUCAUUUCGGCCAGAUACAAAAUCCAAUAGUUUUCAAAGGCCUCGCUCAGAUAUGAAUAUUGCAUCUGGUAUACCUAAAUUUGUACCUUUAUCAAUAAUUCAACAAGAUAACAAUCCAUAUGUUCGUGAUGAUACAAUGUUUAUUAAAACCAUUGUUGACUUUGGUGAGAUAUCAAAGUCACUUUCACCAUAUACAUUAAAUCUUAAUCCUGGUUUGCCACUUCUUAUUCAACAAGAAACAAUUAAACGAGAACUGGAAAUACGAGCACAAGAAAAAUUACUAAAUACAUCUUCGACGUCUGUAUCUAUUAAAAAUAAUUCAUAA